AUGGUUGCGGUCGGCUACCCCAGUGGUGGCACGUCUUCCAAAUGGAAGGUCGUGCAUUCGAGGGUCAUCAUCCGCAAGGACGCUAGCACGACGGCCGCCAUCUUGGGCUUUCAAGCCCAGGGCAAGAUCCUAGAAGGUGUAGUCCAGGAGGUUAGCGGUCAGCCAUGGUUGAGAGUUCAGCAUUCUGGCAUUGAUGGCAAAGAAUGCGAUGGGUACAUGCUCAUCAAUGGGGCUUCUGUUGGUCUUGGACAGCUACUGGAGAGGGUGAAGGACCCAGUGGCGCGGCCCCAAGCCCAAGCGAGGGUAAAAGCACAGGAUCCGGUGCCAAAAGCCAAGACCCGUGCAAAGCCAAAUCUGGGAGACUUGAGCAAAUGGAUUCGUCAUGCCAACGUGCAAGCCUCGCGGUUCCAAGUAGUCGCCAACGUGGUCAUGGUUCGAAAUAUGCCCUCAACACAGGCAGAUGCCGUUGGGGUUGUGAAGAAAGGAGAGAUUCUGGACGGCCAGCCGCGCGAAGGGUGGCUUCUGGUAGACGAGAAAGGCCCGGAGGCACUGGAGAGGGGUGAAGGACGCUGGAUACUUCUUGAUGGCAAAGAGCUGGGUCUCGGUCAGCUUCUGCGCCCUCAAAUUCCGGCACCAGUUGUCAGCAAAUCGUUUGCGACCUCCAUACAGCUGACUUUUGAUAUGGACAUGAGCAAGUACGAACUCGAAGUUGAGUGUGAGAUCGGCGAAUCCUUUCGGACUCCAUGCUGUGAAGGAAAGUCAAUGCUUGUCCAUGGAUUGCAUCCUGGCAGCGACGUACGCCUUAGAUUUGUCAGCCAGGGCAAGGAGGAUGAAACCGGCGAGUGGGAGGUCGCGGAGACGACCGAUGUUGCCGAAUGGGAGGUAACAAGCGGGGCAGCUGUCAGCAGUGUUCAUGCAAGUGCUUUGCAAGACGGGCCUGCUUUGCUGUCAGUGUACUAG